AUGAAAGUCUUUCCUUCGAAACAUGUGAAAUCCAGCAUUGUUUUUAAGGAGUCAGUUAGGGAUGCUUAUGAAAUCUUGAUUGUUGACGCUUUUUUCAAUUCAGUUUGCCUUAGACUUAUACUAGUCUAUCGAACCCCAACCUGUCAUGCACUUGAGACUUCGAAGUUACUAAAAGUUAUAAGUGAUUUCACUUCAAACAAUGGUCCCAGCUUAGUGCUUGGAGACUUUAAUAUGCCUGACAUUGAUUGGCAGCUUGGAAGUUCAAGCUGUCCACUCUCUAAGGAAUUCAUAGAAAUAGCUAGGUCGCAUAAGCUUGUUCAAUUAGUAAAUGAACCGACCAGAGAUAAAUCCUGUCUUGACCUCGUGUUUUGCAAUUCAUGCUCACUUGUUCACGAGCUCAGGGUCCUCCCACCUAUAGGCACUAGCGACCAUUCAACUAUUGAGUUUCAGAUCAAGGUUUCGUCAGGGCCCACUGUUUUCCUUUCAAUCUCUUCGCUGACGUUUGGCAAUGGACCCAUCGACCGACAUCAGCUUCAACCGGACUCAGAUCCAUCUCAUCUCUUUUCUGUCUUCCCAAAACUUUUCCGAUCGAUGACGCUCUACGCUGAGCAUCUGCUGGCGCUGCCUAACUAUCACUCUGCAGCUGGCAUUGCUUUCGAAAGUUGA